AUGAAACAGCCAGUUUUUAACAAUGGUGUUUUGGCUUGGGGACGUGGGUCUCUAGUUUUAUCUCGUACUGUCUUGGCCGCCCUCUUUCUCGCAUAUGUCAACGGCGUCUCCGCGUCUGAACAAGUCCAGUCUGUGAUCUGUGACGGCGCGGACUCUACGGGGCCUUGGAGAAUCGACCCUGAAUGCAUCGACCCCAAGUACAACGUGCCAGUCAUUGAUACAGUGGUCGAUUUAUCACACCCUGUCAUUCAUCGGCGAGUUUCUGGGCAUUUCAACGAUACAGAGGUGGAUUUCAACUUGUAUUUCCCCCCCGAAGCCCAGUGGCAAGGUCGUUUUUUUAGUUAUGUUUAUCCGACCCAAAACUCCACUGCAUCUGAUGAGCGCAUCGCCUUUGCUGUCGGCAGCGGUGCCUAUCUCAUUCAGGCUACUGGAACACAAGGAUACCGAGCCGAUGCAGCCAUAGCCAAAUUCUCCCGGUCCAUCUUGAAAGAGUACUACCAGAAAGUGCCAGAACGGGUAUACGGCUACAUCUACGGUGGCAGCGGCGGCUCAUAUCAAACUGUUGGCGCAAUUGAGAACACUGUUGGUAUAUGGCAUGGCGCCGUCCCCAUCGUGAUGGCUGCGCCAGUUUCAAUCCCCAACAGCCUCACCAUUCUCAGCCUUGCCAGUUCUAUCCUCAAAAGCAAGUCGCUAAAAAUACCUGCUGCCAUCCGUACCGGCGCCAAGGAUCUCAGUACCAUUGCUGUUGCUGCUCAUCUGACCGAGGUUGAAACGGCAAUUUUGAGGGAAGCCACUCUCCUUGGGGUGCCAUUGGAGGCUUGGGAGGAUUUUACCGGCCUUUCAGGAUCAAAGACUCUUGAAAUAUUCAUAGGUACCGUGAAGGACCUUGAUCCUUCUUAUGCUGAAGAUUAUUGGACCAAACAAGGCUACCUGGGGACAGCGAACACAACUUUGGCUAACAUCCUGCGAAAAGCCUUUCUCAACCACACUACAACUAUUACGAAUGUCAUCAAAGAUUCUAACGGUAACCGAAUCGCCCUCCUCCUAGAUAGUCUGCCCAGCGACAUAGGUGAUUUCACUGGCCUCGAGUUUAAUGUUUACAGCCGAAAUGGCACGCUCGCCCCUGGUCCACUGGCUGGAACUCUGAACCCGAGUACCAAAACUUUCACAUUGGCCAAGGAAAAUGCUGCAUUGGUGCUGAAUAAUCUCAGCAUUGGGGUUCGAAUGCGUAUCGAUAACAGCUGGUUUGUGGCCUUACAAACGUACCAUCGCCACCAAGUGCCAACCAGAGCUGGAUUUCACGGUUUCGACCAGUACAGAAACAGUGAUGGAAACCCCAAAUAUCCCCAGCGAGAUAUACAAAUUGCGCCGUUGUUGGCAAGUUCAACGGCCGGCGGCGGUACACACACAGGCAACAUUACCGGAAAGGUUAUGGUGGUAGAUAAUCUCCUCGACAGUGGAGCAUUUCCUUGGCAUGCGGAUUGGUACAAGACCCAAGUGCAGUCUUCGCUUGGGGACCGCUUCGAUGAAAACUUUCGCGUGUAUUUCAAUGAGCGCGCAAACCACUUUUUCGAACCAGUUCCUGAUCAUCUUCGAGAUUUUAUUGUAGAUUUCAAUGGAAUUUACGAGCACGCCUUACGGAGUCUAAGCAAGUGGGUUGAAGAAGGAACGCUUCCACCCCCAUCGACAACAUAUUCGGUCAAGGACAGCCAGAUCAUUGCUCCCCCUUUGGCGAGUGAGAGGCUCGGAAUACAGCCUGCUGUCGCCUUGACAGCAGAGAACCAAACAGCUCAGAAGGGUGCCAUUGUCACUUUUCAUGUAAGGGCUGAGGCACCACCAGGGGCCGGCAAGAUUGUACUGGUGGAGUGGGAUUUCCUCGGCAAUGGGAAUUUUGUGGCUUCACCCUUUGGACAGCCAAGCGAGAUCAUCGACUUGAAAGCUACUUAUGUAUUUGAGAAAGCUGGUGACUACUUAGCUGUGGUGAGAAUAACUUCUCAGCGUGAAGGUGACCCAACAUCCGCUUUUGCCCAGGCAAGAAACCUGGGAAGGGUUCCCAUUUUUAUAAAAUAA